AUGCCGACCGGUGAUAUUUGCCGAUUGAUAAGUGGAGAUGGUUACCGGUGGGCAACAUUUCAACAGGACAUAAGUUUGUUGGAGAGAACGAUGUUUGGAUUAAAAGGGCCAUCUGGGUUCUCAAGAUUCUCAACGGCCGAGGAAGUUACCCAGGGAAUUGAUGGAUCGGGUCUCACUGCCAUUGUUACAGGAGCCUCAAGUGGCCUCGGGACUGAAACUGCACGGGUUCUUGCACUUCGUGGAGUCCAUGUAGUUAUGGCUGUUAGGAAUACGUCAGCAGGAAGAGAGGUCAAAGAAGCAAUCCUAAAACAAACCCCAUCUGCCAAACUCGAUACCAUGGAGCUCGAUCUCAGUUCCUUAGCAUCAGUAAACAACUUCGCAUCAGCUUUCAAAUCCUCAGGUCUUCCGCUCAAUCUCCUCAUAAAUAACGCAGGAAUCUUAGGAACCCCAUAUAUGCUAUCCACAGACAACAUAGAACUACAAUUCGCAACCAAUCAUGUCGGCCAUUUUCAUCUAACAAAUCUUCUACUCGAAACCAUGAAAAAAACUGCACUUGAAAGUAGAAAAGAAGGAAGAAUUGUUAACGUUUCAUCACGUAGACACCAGUUAUCUUACAGCGAAGGGAUUCGCUUCGACAAUAUCAACACCCAAUCUGGGUACAACGCUUUAUCUGCAUAUGGUCAAUCAAAGUUAGCCAAUGUUCUUCAUUCUAACGAGCUUUCACGUCGCUUAAAGGAAGAUGAAGAUGAAGAUGAAGCACCCAUAACUGCAAACUCGGUUCAUCCCGGAGCAAUUCCCACCAAUAUCUUCCGCCAUCACACCUUUUUUAGAGGACUUACUAACGUGUUUGGAAAAUUGGUGCUUAAAACUGUGCAACAGGGAGCAGCAACUACAUGCUACGUGGCAUUGCAUCCGCAAGUGGAGGGGAUGAGUGGCAAGUAUUUUGGUGAUUGUAAUUUAGAGGAAGCAAGUAAAGAAGCUAAUGAUGAAGAAUUGGGAAAGAAGUUGUGGGAUUUCACUACACAUUUGAUCAACGAAAAUUCUACUAAUUAAUCUCAAAGAUACAAAAAUAUUUAUAAACCAUACAUUGUAUUGUCAAUUAUAAACCAUACAUUCUAAUUUGUGAUUGUCAAUUAUAUAGUUUCACUAAUUUUUAAA